AGUCUUCUCUGCAGACACCAGCCUGGUGUCCUCCUUCAUCCCAGGCUGCCAGGCUAGGCAGGGGGCAGCGGCUGCCCUGGUCCUCACAGCCCUGGCUGCGGGGCUGGUGACAGCCAGAUCCUCAUGCUUCUGUGACCAGAGCGCUGCCUUCAGACACCUCUCUGCUGGCGUGUUCCUGGGUCCAUGAUGGAAGAAGGAAAAGUAUUUUUAAAAGACAAUCUAAAGCUCACACUGUGACUACAACAUAAAAUGUGUUCACCUGAGGAGACUGCUUUCACCGUGAGUGUGUCACAGAUGGUAGAAACCUCAGAAGGCCACAGUCCAGAGUAGGGGCUCAAUGCAAUGCAAGCUGCUGGAACUGAAUAAAGGUGAAGGUAGGAAGACAGAGAAAGCAGGAAGCUGCGACAGCAGGAAGCUGUGAUGGGGGCAGGUCUCUGAUGGUUCUGGUUUCCUGGGCACCUAGAAUAAGUGUGUCAUCAUUUGUUCUGAAGCUGACUUCUCUGAGCUGGAUGGCACCCUGGACAUCAACCAGCCCUUCACCUUCACGUCACACAGGAGGGACACUGGUCCACAGAGAGGAUGCCUGCUCUGGUCACCAGCUGGAGAGUGGCAGACCUUGGGUACCUGACCUUUGGACUCUGCCACGCAGAGCACUUCCUCAGUCCCUCCUGCUGCCCCUGGCAGGGUGGAGCUGGCAGGGAGACCCUGUGCACUUGGCUGGCGGCGCGCUGGACGUCCAGGGUGCCCUCGGGGCGGCCGGGGCAGAACACGGCCUUGUGCACCUCCACGGCUGGGCUGUGCGGCGCGAGGACUCUGCUGAGCAGGCCUCCAUGCGGCGGCGCGCCUCGGCCUCCUCCUCCUGCCGCGGCUGCACCACGAUCCCCACGAGCGCGGCGGGCGGACGUCGGUCCCGGGCGUGCUGCUGUUGCAGGAGCAGCUGCAGCCGCGGCAGCUGCGUGAGGAGCGCAGCCGCGCGGCACAACACCAGGAGCAGCUGCGCGCCCGGCUCAGGCGGGUGCUGCGGCGCCCCGCGUGCAGACGCUGUGUCCUCUGCUGCGGAGGUGGGGGUCCCAGGAGGAGCCCCAGGCGCCUCGCGCGGGUCCUCGGCCUUGGGCUCGGAGCGCCGCGACUUCUUGGUGAAGCGCUUGGACUUCGUGGCCGGGCAGUCGUCGCAGUUCAUGGAGCUGUCGCCCGAGCGCUUGGGCCACCGUGCGGUGCAGUUGCUGGCGCUGGUGUGGCCGCUCAUGGCUCGGGCGGACGAGGGCCCGGGGAGCUGAUCAGCUGCGGCGUCUCCUGGAAAGCUCUGCAGGCUCAGACCGUCCUCAUCCUGCUUCCAGAGCUCGCUGAUCAGCAGCACCUGGCCGUGGCCCUCGACAGACUGGGCCGGGGCCUGUGGCUGCGCCUCCGCCUUCCUCUCCUGGGGUGCCCUGCAGGGCUGGGCCCCAGGCCGCUGCUCCAUGUCCGGCCCGACACCCUCGCCCCUCUGGGCUCGGGCUUCCGUUGGGAGGGAAAAGCUGCCCUUCUCCGGAGCAUGUCACAAUACCCCUGAGCCCUACCUUUUCCUGUCGUGGCCAAGCACCUCCGCCCCGCUAUUCCUUGGAAAUCUAAUAUAUAGGAAGUUGCUGCUGGACGCUGGUAUAA